UAUCCCGUGGCAAACGUGCACGUGAUCCAGGUGAAACGACGUGAUUACAUUCGUGACUACAUGUAUUCUGUCAUGGUGAUUUGCAGUGUGUCAUUUCGGUGUUGAGUCAGAUGACAUCUGACUGUUUUGUCAUAUCGACUCACAAGUAACGAAAACAAAGGAACUUGAUUGCAGAAGGGACGGAGGGCCAGCGGCUAGAUCAUCACACUACCAGUGAGUGGUCACUUACAAGCAGGGAGUACAUGUAGUAAAAUACAUAUUUUACUACUCCCUGCUUACAAGUAGGCUCCGUCUACGUUUCUUUGUGUAGCAUACAUGUACCAGUAUUGCCACAGUGAUUACUCGUAUAUGUGGAUCCGAUGUCUACCAUGAUCUACUUGUACUUGUAGCAGCUAAAUAAGCUGUUACCCGAGUCAGUGACUCAAUCAGUGUGUACUGGGCUGUGGAGUACAAGGCAGAAGCUCAUCUCCGCCGUUCACAGCGGGUAGAGCUAGCAGCCGGUUUGGCCGGACCACUGUUGCCAAAAGGUAUUACACGCCUGUGAAUACAGUGGCGGUCAUCUUCAGCACAAUUGGUGGCAGGCUUUUUAGAUCAGCAGCAGCAGCAGCAGCAGCAGCACAUUCCCGCCACAGCAGCUGCACCGACAGUCUGCUCUCACCUCUAGCCAAGAUGUCGAAAACACAAGCAGGAGGUGUAUCUGUGGAGGGUGUGCAGGCCGAAAGAGUGCGUAGCCUGAAUGAGAAAGACUGUGUGGCUGGUGGUCAUUAUGUCCUGUACUGGAUGCAGGCAUCAGUUCGCUGUGACUUCAACCAUGCUCUAGAGUUUGCCAUUGCCCGUGCCAAUGCGUUGAACAAGCCGUUAGCAUGUUGUUUCGGAUUGACAGAUGGCUACCCGGAGGCAAACGAGCGACACUACGCCUUCAUGCUUCAGGGACUUGCCGAGGUUCAAUCGGACCUUCUGCGACUGCGGCACAUCAACUUGGAUGUGUUCAAAGGCUCGCCGGAGGCUGUUGUGUCGGAGCUGAGCAAUGACGCGUGCGAAGUCGUGACGGACAUGGGCUAUAUGCGCAUUCAGCGUUCAUGGCGAACACGUCUGGCCGAGAGAGCACUGUGCAACGUGUGGCAGAUUGAAUCGGAUAUUGUUGUGCCUGUCGAAACAGCAUCGGACAAGGAGGAGUUCGCUGCUCGAACUAUUCGCGGCAAGAUCCAAUCAGUUGCAAGCAAAUACCUGAAGCCAGUAGAAUGUGUGGAACUGGAGGAUAUGUCCAUUGUGGACUUGCAAUCGAGAACGGCUGCACCAAAAUUGGACCUCUCAGAUGUUGAUGCCGCACUGGCAGGAUUGGACGUUGACCGAUCUGUGCCGCGUGUUUCAUCGUUCAUCGGCGGCCGGUCAGAAGCACAGCGGUGUCUCCAGCAGUUCAUUGAUACAAAGCUGUCCAAGUAUGGCGAAGGUCGCGACGAGCCAAUGGACAAUUCGCAAAGCUACCUCUCCGCUUAUCUCCACUUUGGCCAGAUCUCUCCAGUUGAGAUUAUCCUAGCUGUACGAGCAGCGAAGGCAUCCAAGACUGGCAAGGAUAACUUCAUAGAGCAGCUGAUGAUCCGGCGUGAGUUGGCCAUCAACUUCUGCUGGUACUGCCCGCAGUAUGACUCGCUGGAGUGCCUGCAUGACUGGGCAAAGACAACACUUGCCGCGCACCGGGAUGACAAACGCGACUAUGUGUACGACCUUGCAAGGCUGGAGAGCGGGCAGACGCACGACCCGUACUGGAACGCCAUUCAUCUGGAGAUGGUGGUCACGGGCAAGAUGCAUGGAUACUUCAGGAUGUACUGGGGCAAGAAGGUUCUCGAGUGGACCACGGACGUGGACACGGCGUUCAAGUGGCUACUGUACCUGAACAACAAAUAUGAGCUUGAUGGACGCGAUGCUAAUGGUUACACAGGCGUUGCCUGGAUUUUCGGCAAGCAUGACCGGGCCCACGCGGAACGCGCUGUCUAUGGCAAGGUGCGCUACAUGAGUCAAGAUGGUAUCAAGAGGAAAUUCAAGACGCUCCCGGCCUAUGUCAAGCACAUUGAGAAGCUAGCGGCAGACUACAAGAAGACGUAUGGCCCAAUCGGUGCGGUGAAAUCUGGAAAAGCCGGCCCGUCAGCAACUACCACUGCAUCUAGUGCUUCUUCUGCAAGUGAACCUCCUGCAAAGAAGAAGAGAAAGUGAACUUUCAAGUGUGGGGGUUGUAUUACCCUUUUGCCACCGUUGACGAAGAGCUUUUGAAAUCAGCAAAGCCCGGAUGCAUGAGCAUCUUCCCUCUUACUCUCCCCCUCUUUCUCUCUCACACGUAUGCACGCACGCGCACAUACGCGAGCGCGCACACACACACACACACACACAUGCCCCUUUCCAUAUAAUAUUAUACAAAGCAUCUGUCUGUGAGUGUCUACCCAUCAUAUCCUCAUCAUUAAUUUAUUCAUCUAUCUACAAGUACCAUCAAGAAAAAUAACCAUGCAGUGUGAUAAUGUUCUCAUGCUACUAUCCAUCUAUUUACCACGUGUGCCUUUGAGUUCUAUACUGGUAAUUUGGCCUAGUCUGUGACUCUUUGUGUAGUAUGCUAGCACAUCCUGUAUGACCGGUAUGUGUCUUGAUUACUACAUUGUAACAGUAGUACAAUGUAGUCAUAAUGCUCCUUUGUCUCUUGACGACUUGCGUCCCUGGAUUUUACAGUGUUCUUCCGUACCUUGUGCUCCUAUUUGAUACACACAUGCAUGGUGUGUGGAACACACUCAUGAGCUCUUGUGCGCCACAGUUCAUUUAUUAUUAUUAAUUAUUCCACGGCCAUGAUGCGUGCAUGUUCAA